GGGGGUGGGGAUGCUGCACAUCAGGAUUAAUAACCUUGCCAUAAUCCCGGGCACCCUGCAAACAGACACCUCUUCUGACUGACCCGCUCCCGGCUUGAUGAAUCUGUCUGGGGGAGAGGAUUCUACCUAGUCCUGGGGGCUCCCCUGAUUUUGAAUGUUCUUUUGAUCCUACACCGAUCUGGGAAGGUAACAGUGAGCUGUACCAUCUGCAGCACACAGCGGCUAUUACUGACAGUUUUCAUCACACUGGCCUGUGUGUGUGUGUGAGUGUGGGUGUCUGCUUUUGCAAGAAAGAGAACGUACGAGUGUCGGCGAGUGUGUGUGUUCCGGUGACAAACGAAGCAGGUAUAUCGCACAAUAGGAGAUUUCAAUCGCAUGAACAUAUUCUCUGGGUUACUUGGGCUUACGCUACAGAGCCCCAGCCUUCAUCACCCCCAUCCUUCCCCACUCCCCCUUCCUCUUUUUUGCCUUUGAUGAGUUUUUGGCUUACUUUUUGGUGGAGUCUCUCGGACACGUUUUUUGCUUGUGCUUGGAGGAUUAGAUAAAUGGAAUCUUUGAAAACUGAUUCUUUUUCUCCUAUGUGACUUAAAAAAAAAAAAGAGUAGUGCAAGACAAGCUAGAGGAUUUUAAAUUCUGCUUGGUGAACUUUGAGGAUCCAUAGGAAGAAAUGGUUCUCUGUAUUGUGGAGCUGCAAGAUCCCACAGUAAGAGUAGGGCCAAAUAAGCUGGAACAGCUGACAGACUGAAUGCAUGAGUGACUCAAAGAGCAGAGAUAGCCCAUGCAUACUAACAAUAUGGAAACAUCCUGAAACUACUUUGGAGUGUCAGUAUAUUCACUGCAUUCAAGCUUUACAGACAUGAAAACUGGUCCAUGGACGGACUAUUUGCUACAGGUAUAAAGGGAGCAUCAUCUUCAGAAACCCAGAGGCUUCCUUGACUUCUCUGGGUUUUCUCAGGAAGAUCAGGAUCUAUUAGAGAGAUUUUGAUAAGACAAUUUGAACUCCAAAAGGACCAACACCAGAUAAAUUAUGCAUGUUGAACAAGAUGACCUUACACCCACAGCAGAUAAUGAUAGGUCCUAGGGUUAACAGGGCCCUAUUUGACCCCCUGCUUGUGGUGCUGCUGGCUCUUCAACUUCUUGUGGUGGCUGGUCUGGUGCGGGCUCAAACCUGCCCUUCCGUCUGCUCCUGCAGCAACCAGUUCAGCAAGGUGAUUUGCGUUCGGAAAAAUCUACGUGAGGUUCCAGAUGGCAUCUCCACCAACACUCGGCUGCUGAACCUCCAUGAGAACCAAAUCCAGAUCAUCAAAGUGAACAGCUUCAAGCACUUGAGGCACCUGGAAAUUCUACAGUUGAGUAGGAAUCAUAUUAGAACCAUUGAAAUCGGGGCCUUCAAUGGUCUGGCGAACCUCAACACACUGGAACUCUUUGACAAUCGUCUUACUACCAUCCCAAAUGGAGCUUUUGUAUAUUUGUCUAAACUGAAGGAGCUCUGGUUGCGAAACAACCCCAUCGAAAGUAUCCCCUCUUAUGCUUUUAACAGAAUCCCUUCUUUGCGACGACUAGACUUGGGGGAAUUAAAAAGGCUUUCAUACAUCUCAGAAGGUGCCUUUGAAGGUCUCUCCAACUUGAGGUAUUUGAACCUUGCCAUGUGCAACCUCCGGGAAAUCCCUAACCUCACACCUCUCAUAAAACUAGAUGAGCUGGAUCUUUCUGGGAAUCAUUUGUCUGCUAUCAGGCCUGGCUCUUUCCAGGGACUGAUGCAUCUUCAAAAACUGUGGAUGAUACAGUCCCAGAUUCAAGUGAUUGAACGGAAUGCCUUUGAUAACCUUCAAUCACUAGUGGAGAUAAACCUGGCACACAACAAUCUAACAUUACUGCCUCAUGACCUCUUCACACCCUUGCAUCAUCUAGAGCGGAUACACUUACAUCACAACCCUUGGAACUGUAACUGUGACAUACUGUGGCUCAGCUGGUGGAUAAAGGAUAUGGCCCCCUCCAACACAGCUUGUUGUGCCCGGUGUAACACUCCUCCCAAUCUGAAAGGGAGGUACAUUGGGGAGCUUGACCAGAAUUAUUUCACAUGCUAUGCUCCCGUGAUUGUGGAGCCCCCAGCAGACCUCAAUGUCACUGAAGGCAUGGCAGCUGAGCUGAAAUGUCGGGCCUCCACGUCCCUGACCUCUGUAUCUUGGAUUACUCCGAACGGAACAGUCAUGACACAUGGCGCAUACAAAGUGCGGAUAGCUGUGCUCAGCGACGGCACAUUAAAUUUCACGAAUGUAACCGUGCAAGAUACAGGCAUGUACACGUGCCUGGUGAGUAAUUCUGUUGGAAAUACCACUGCUUCAGCCACCUUGAAUGUUACUGCAGCAACUACUACUCCCUUCUCUUACUUUUCAACCGUCACAGUAGAGACUAUGGAACCUUCUCAGGAUGAGGCACGGACCACAGAUAACAACGUGGGCCCCACUCCAGUGAUUGAUUGGGAGACCACCAAUGUGACCACCUCGCUUACACCACAGAGCACAAGGUCGACAGAAAAAACGUUCACCAUCCCAGUGACUGAUAUAAACAGUGGGAUUCCAGGAAUUGAUGAGGUCAUGAAGACUACAAAAAUCAUCAUUGGCUGUUUCGUGGCCAUCACGCUCAUGGCUGCAGUGAUGCUGGUCAUUUUCUACAAGAUGAGGAAGCAGCACCAUCGGCAAAACCAUCACGCCCCAACAAGGACUGUUGAAAUCAUUAAUGUGGAUGAUGAGAUCACAGGAGAUACACCUAUGGAAAGCCACCUGCCCAUGCCUGCUAUCGAGCAUGAGCAUCUAAAUCACUAUAACUCUUACAAAUCUCCCUUCAACCACACAACAACAGUUAACACAAUAAAUUCAAUACACAGUUCAGUGCAUGAACCGUUAUUGAUCCGUAUGAACUCUAAAGACAAUGUACAAGAGACUCAAAUCUAAAACAUUUACAAAGUUACAGAAAACAAACAAUAAAAAAAAGACAGUUUAUUAAAAA